UCGUUUUCUUGCUCCGUACCGCUUCAAUGGAUGGCACUGAAGCUCAGUCGGUCUUUUCCCUCUCUACAUGUUCUCUUUCUCUUUCAUCAGCCCUGCCGCUAGGCUUCACGCUAGCAGAGGCCACGUUCACCACCUCAGGAGUCAACCGCUUCUUCCGCUACGCCAGCGCCGGCGCGCUGCUGCCACCUUCAGCAGCAGCACCAGCAGGGGCAGGAGGAGCAGCCGCAGGGGCGGGCACGGGUGCAGACGGGGAGCAGCAGUGGGCAGUGGCAACUAGCGUGACAUGGGUGCGUGCAGACCUGUUGCCUCACUGGCCGGUGCCCAACCAGGCGGGGUGUGGCGACUGCUGGGCUUACGCUGUCGUCGCCAGCAUUGAAGCCGCCUACGCCAUCCUCUCAGCCAACGGCUCGCUGCCUGUCUUCUCCGUCGCCUCUCUCGUUGCCGACAUGAAGGCUGACUGCUCCGGAGGAUCGCCCUCCAAGGCAUUCCAGUACCUGCUUGCGAUUGGCAAGCAUGGCGGGGGGCUGCAGGUGGAAAGGAUGGGGGGAGGAGCAAGCGGGACAGCGGGGAGGGCUGGGAGGGCGGCGAGGGCUGGAGGGACGGGUGCGAGUGCGACAGGUGUGGCUGUGGCAGGGGGAAGCGGUGUGGUGGGGUUGCAGGGUAAGCACGGGUCACCGGCGGCGGCGGCGGGUGGGAAUGCACUGUGCUCGCCGCUGCUGAAGCCGAUAGCGACGCUCUUGGGAGUGAAGUGCACACCCAAGGAGAAAGCCAGGGCUGGCAUCGUGCGUCCGGGCUACAGCAUAACGGGCUUUGAGCGGGCGGCAUUCUACAACUGGUUCGGGCUGGUGCUGGCGGUGCAGCGGCAGCCAGUGGUGGUGCACAUUGAGGCGUCUGCUGACUCCUUCCUCAACUACGAUGGGGGCAUGUUGUCAACAUGUGAUGGGGUGGGUGCGUGUUCUCACAGAACUCUCCACGGGCUUACCAUAACCCUGCUUCUUCCUGUCUGCUUGAUCGUGGCGUGGCCCACUUGCUUGCCCGCGCACUCGUCUGCUCUGCACUACCAGCGCAUGCAUGCCUCUGGAAUAUCCGUGCUGCUGGCAUGUGAGAAGUACAUGUCUCACACUCACAUCGCGUUUCUCCAAUCCAAACUCACUCGCAACAUGCAUUCCUUGCAUCCCCAUUCCUGUGAGCAGCUGCACAAGUACCAGGACCCAGCGUGCUUCACGUACAACCUGAACCACGUGGUGCUGCUGGUGGGGUACCGCCUGGUGGGGGCAGAUGAAGCCUUCCCCCACAUGGCGCCGCCCUUCUGGAUCAUCCGCAACUCAUGGGGGCCUGACUGGGGCGAUGGGGGCCACAUGCGCAUGGACAUCCAAGGGGGGGAUGGCGUGUGCGGCAUCAACACUCUGCCGGGGAUUUACCCCAUCGUCAUUGACAAGCGAGACCCGUGCAACAGCGGGGCGCACCGGGAUCCAAUCGGUGCGGUGUUGAACCCGUGUGGCAACUUCACGUGCACGGUCACUGCUGACCGCAGGUCCAACCGCUGCGCCUGCAACACGGCAUCUGACGGUCGAUUCAUUGAGGCCACCAACACCGAUGGCUCGCGCACCUGUGCCUAUGUGGACGCCUGUGCAGCGCAAAUCCGCAACCCGUGUGCGGUGGGCACGUGUGUGAAUGACGGGGCGGGGUCGUACUCGUGUGUGUGUCCACCGGGCUUCAGGCAGGGCACUACCGUCGAUGGCACCUUCUCCUGUGCGCCCGGCAGCACCAGCGGCACCUACACCGUUGUCUCACCCAAUGUCAAGUGCUCAGACGUCUUUCCCGUCUACGGCCUCUCUCUGGAACAGCUCAAGCAGCAGAACCCAGCCAUCUCGUGUGGCUCUGCUCUGCCCGUCAACUCGGUGCUCCGAGUCGCCCCACCCACCACCAUCACCUCCUGCUCUGUCUACUACACCACUGAGCAGGGAGACACCUGCGAGGCCCUGGCGACCUACUUCUCUCUGGCCAGCAGCUGUCCGUCCCCCGAGUGCACGGCAGCCUUGCAGGCGCUCAACCCGGGGGUGGACUGCAGCGCCAACAGCGGGCAGCUGCCGGCGAGCCAGGCGGUGUGUGUGGAGCGGCGGGCGGAGAUGGCGGGGCUGGUGGCGCUGUGUUCGCAGUAUUACUUCGUGGAGAGCGCCGAGACGUGCGAGUCCAUCCGCAACGGGCCCAACCCGCCUCUCUCCCGCGUCGACUUCUACCGUCUCAACCCUGGCAUCAAGUGCAACCGUCUUGUUCCCAAGACGGACGUUGGCAGCUUGACUGGCUUCGAGGUGAGCCUGAGGGUUGCUGGUUUUCAGCAUUGCUUCGAGCGAGGCGAUGUUAGUUGA